AUGGGAUUUGUUUUAUCAGUUGUACACGAAUACGACAUAAAUAGGGAAGUAGAGAGCACUGCCACCGUGGAGGAUGCGCAGUUUGUGGCAAAUGCUGCAAAUAUCAGCAGUUUGGCACUAAACAACAACAUUUUACAGGUGGAUGGAACUGGAUUCUAUUCUAAAGAACGUGUGCUAUCACACGAUUUGCUCUCUCAGACAGCCCAGUUUGUGGAGAUGUUUGCUCUUUAUAGUCGAUUUGAGUACGUCAGAAGCACAAUUCAGUCCAAGAAGUACCAUUUUCCAACAUUAAAGGAGAAACUGAUUUUGAUGGAAGGGAAACUCCUUGGAUUCAGAAUGAGCAGAGACGGAAAGAGAAUGAGGCCUGUUCUUCUUGCUCUUGAUCUGCUGAAGACAGGAGAGCCAGCAGAGACAGUUGUUUCCCACUUUCUUAGUCUUAUUUCUCAUAAAAUCAGUUGUAUGAAACAAGGCGUAUUCCAUGCUGAAGUAAGUGGCAUUUCAUUGACUCGAAUAGACAGUAAAGAAGAUGUGCGACUGUUUGAGGAGAUGCUUGGACGACUUCUGCUCUGUAAACAGGUUGGAACACGAAUCACGACUGGUGCCCAUAAGAAGUCACGUGGCUACUGGUUUCUUCUGAUUCUGAUGUUUGUGUUUGGAGUGGUUUCAAUUGGAUUCAUCCUGGUUGGAGUGAUACGAAUUAUACUACGGAAGACUGGUCGCUAUCGGGUCUAUGAGACACAAGAAGACGAGAACAUGGUCACGAAGAAGGAAGAUGGCAAAUAUACGAUUGGUUCAGAAGUAUAG